CACGACAUCAGUCAUAACUACUAAUAUCACGAGAAAAUCUUUAAAUCUCAGUAACGACUUAAUAUCAUGGGCCUUAUCUUCUCUUGCAUUGCGGGCAUCUGCGUCGGGAUCGGCUCGCUCGCCCUAGGUAUUGUUGCUGUCAUCGGAGCAUGCCUCGAGUUCAUCGCCAGCCUCAUCGUUGGCUGCGCGACAGGCAUCUGCGAAUGCGUAACAGCCGUCCUAUGCUGCGGAUGUUGCGCAUGACCAGGUCGGUAGCUUAUUUAAUGGGGACCCGCGAUGAGACGUUGAAGGCAGUCCCGCGGUUCUACUCCCCUCUCGCCUUCGCCAGCUUCUAGUGCCGUUGGCCGGAAAAUAACAUCCACUGUGAUUGCCGAACGACACGGACACCAAGUACCAUCUUACCUUACCACUACUAAUCUGACUUUUGUUGUAAUUUGUAUAUGCUCAAACGGGCCGGAACCUAACGCUGUUGUACGUGUUUUAUCAUUUCACAUCGGCGUUCACAUUACAUGCGAGAAAGGGUUGUUGAUUCAUGCAGCUUUGCCGUGUUUGAUGGAGGAUCUACAUACUGUCGAGAUGACUACUUGUAGGUUGGCAUGCGCAAGACGUCAUUAAUUGAUUGUAUUCAUAUACAUUCCACCUAUAUGACAAGGUUAUUGAUCGGAGUGCAG